AUGGCAGAAAAGCCCCCACCUGGCUUAAACAGGAAGACUUCAAGGUCAACACUCUCUCUUCCACCGGAACCUGUGGACAUUAUUAGGAGCAAGUCGUGCUCUAGGAGAGUGAAGAUCAACGUGGGGGGCCUCAACCACGAAGUUCUGUGGAGAACAUUGGACAGGUUGCCCAGGACGCGCUUGGGGAAGCUUCGAGACUGCAACACCCACGAGAGCCUCCUGGAAGUAUGCGAUGACUACAAUCUGAACGAGAAUGAAUAUUUCUUUGAUCGGCAUCCAGGAGCUUUCACGUCUAUUUUAAAUUUCUACCGGACAGGCAAACUCCACAUGAUGGAAGAAAUGUGUGCGCUCUCUUUUGGCCAAGAGCUUGAUUACUGGGGGAUUGAUGAGAUCUAUUUGGAGUCUUGCUGCCAAGCCAGAUACCAUCAAAAGAAGGAGCAAAUGAAUGAAGAACUGAGACGAGAGGCGGAGACUAUGAGGGAGCGAGAGGGAGAAGAGUUUGAUAAUACCUGCUGCCCUGAAAAAAGGAAGAAACUCUGGGACUUGCUGGAGAAACCAAACUCAUCAGUGGCUGCAAAGAUCUUGGCCAUCGUGUCCAUCUUGUUCAUCAUCCUCUCCACCAUUGCUUUGUCUCUCAACACACUACCAGAGCUGCAGGAAAUGGACGAGUAUGAACAACCCAAUGACAACCCUCAAUUAGCACAUGUCGAGGCUGUGUGUAUUGCUUGGUUCACCAUGGAGUACCUUUUACGGUUCUUAUCUUCGCCAAAUAAAUGGAAGUUCUUUAAAGGCCCGUUAAACGUCAUAGAUUUGCUGGCUAUCUUGCCAUAUUAUGUCACCAUCUUCCUCACCGAGUCCAACAAGAGCGUGUUGCAGUUCCAAAAUGUCAGACGUGUGGUUCAGAUCUUCCGGAUCAUGCGCAUCCUCAGGAUCCUCAAACUUGCCAGACAUUCGACAGGCUUGCAGUCUCUGGGCUUCACCCUUAGGCGGAGUUACAACGAAUUGGGCUUGUUGAUACUGUUUUUGGCUAUGGGGAUAAUGAUCUUUUCCAGCCUCGUAUUUUUUGCUGAGAAGGAUGAAGAUGCUACCAAGUUCACCAGUAUUCCUGCAUCCUUUUGGUGGGCCACCAUCACCAUGACCACUGUGGGCUACGGUGACAUUUAUCCUAAAACGUUAUUAGGGAAAAUUGUAGGUGGCCUCUGCUGUAUUGCUGGGGUUCUGGUUAUUGCCCUCCCCAUCCCAAUCAUUGUGAACAACUUUUCUGAGUUUUAUAAGGAACAGAAACGCCAGGAGAAGGCCAUUAAAAGGAGAGAGGCUCUUGAGCGGGCUAAAAGGAAUGGAAGCAUCGUUUCUAUGAAUUUAAAAGAUGCCUUUGCUAGAAGUAUGGAGCUGAUAGAUGUCACUGUGGAGAAAGCAGGAGAGUCAGCCAAUACAAAGGACUCUGCUGAUGAUAAUCACCUAUCCCCAAGCAGGUGGAAGUGGGCCAGGAAAGCUCUGUCGGAAACAAGCUCUAACAAGUCUUACGAGAAUAAAUACCAAGAAGUUAGCCAAAAAGACUGCCACGAGCAGCUGAACAAUACUUCUUCGUCCAGCCCACAGCACCUGAGUGCGCAGAAGCUAGAGAUGCUGUAUAAUGAAAUCACCAAGACUCAGCCUCCUUCUCACCUGAAGUCAGACUGCCAAGAGCAACCCGAGAGGCCAUCUGCGUAUGAAGAAGAAAUCGAAAUGGAAGAAGUGGUCUGCCCACAGGAGCAGCUGGCUGUGGCACAGACAGAGGUCAUCCUGGACAUGAAGAGCACGUCCAGCAUCGAUAGCUUCACCAGCUGUGCCACCGACUUCACCGAGACCGAGCGGUCGCCCCUGCCACCACCCUCUGCUUCGCACCUGCAGAUGAAGUUCCCAACCGACCUCCCAGGGACAGAAGAGCACCAAAAAGCCAGGGGCCCCCCAUUUCUGACACUAACCAAAGAGAAAGGGCCAUCUGUCAGGGAGGCCCCCUUGGAAUAUGCUCCUAUCGAUGUAACUGUGAACCUUGAUGCCAGUAGCUCCCAGUGUGGACCCCACAGUCCUUUGCAGUCUGACAAUGCCACCGACAGCCCUAAGAGCUCACUAAAAGGCAGAAACCCACUCAAGUCCAGGUCCCUCAAAGUGAACUUUAAAGAAAACAGAGGCAGUGCCCCCCAGACCCCGCCCAGCACAGCCAGGCCACUGCCAGUGACCAUGGCUGAUUUUUCUCUCACCACCCCCCAGCACAUCAGCACCAUCCUCUUAGAAGAAAACUCCCCUCAGGGGGACAGACCUCUGCUAGGCGCUGAGGUUUCAACACCUUGUCAAGGACCUGCCAAAGGCCUGUCACCUCGGUUUCCCAAACAAAAACUGUUUGCUUUCUCUUCGAAAGAGAGGAGGAGUUUUACAGAAAUAGACAUAGGCGAAGGCGAUGAGUUGUUGGCACUCCAAGGGGCAAAGCAGGACCAGCAGGCAGACGCCAGCCCAAAUUGCUUUGCUGAGCACCCUACUGAUGGGAGAGACCCUUUAAGAGAAGACCCUUUAAGAGAAGUGGGCUCUUCUUCCCCUCAGAACACAGACCACAGCUGUAGGCAAGACAGUUACCAUGCUGUGGGUGAAGUCAAAAAGGACAACAGUCAAGAAGGGUGCAAGAUGGAAAACCACUUGUUCGCCCCAGAAAUUCAUUCUAACCCAGGAGAUGCAGGUUAUUGUUCUACGCGUGAAACCAGCAUGUGA